UAUGACAAAUAGCGAACCGAGAAGAAUGACGUGUGAUUCCGAGGUGGUUUGGAAGAAAUUACAAGAUGGACUUGAUGUAGCGUAUCGCAGAGAAAAUAUGGCGCCAAAAGACUAUAUGACUCUUUACACAAGCGUCUAUGACUACUGCACAUCGAUAACAUUGUCCACAAGCCGCCGAGACGGCGAAGACGGUCGAGCAGAAUCUUCAACUCCAGCACGAACCGCUGGCGCGGAUUUUGUCGGUCACGAGAUGUACCAGCGUGUUGAGGAAUAUGUAAAAGCGUACGUAAUCGCUGUUUGUGAAAAGGGCGCCGAGUUGUCGGGCGAGGAUCUUCUGAAAUACUACACAACUGAAUGGGAGAACUUCCGAAUCUCGUCGAAGGUGAUGGAUGGUAUUUUUGCCUACCUCAAUCGUCAUUGGAUCAGACGUGAGCUCGACGAGGGCCAUGAGAACAUUUACAUGGUUUAUACACUUGCGUUGGUCGUCUGGAAGCGUAACUUGUUCAAUGAUCUUAAGGAUAAGGUGAUUGAUGCGAUGCUCGAGCUGAUUCGUUCCGAGAGAACCGGAUCCAUGAUCAACAGCCGAUACAUUUCUGGAGUUGUCGAGUGUCUUGUGGAGUUGGGUGUUGACGAUUCGGAGACCGAUGCGAAGAAGGACGCGGAGACCAAGAAGCUGGCCGUUUACAAGGAAUUCUUCGAAGUCAAGUUUUUGGAGGCGACCCGCGGAUUUUAUACCCAAGAGGCGGCAAAUUUCCUGAGCAACGGAGGAAAUGUGACAGAUUACAUGAUUAAAGUGGAGACAAGACUUAAUCAAGAGGAUGAUCGCUGUCAACUCUACCUGAAUUCUUCCACAAAAACUCCACUUGCAACUUGCUGUGAAUCUGUGCUCAUCUCUAAUCAGCUUGACUUCCUCCAGAGACACUUCGGUGGUCUUCUUGUCGAUAAACGAGACGAUGACCUUUCCAGAAUGUUCAAGCUUUGCGAUAGAGUGCCGAAUGGACUCGACGAGCUCAGAAAAUCCCUGGAGAAUCACAUCGCAAAGGAGGGUCACCAGGCGUUGGAAAGAGUUGCUAUGGAGGCGGCAACCGACGCGAAACUCUACGUGAAGACGCUUCUGGAGGUUCAUGAACGUUAUCAAAGCCUUGUCAAUCGAUCAUUCAAAAAUGAGCCAGGAUUCAUGCAAUCACUCGAUAAGGCGGCGACUUCUUUUAUCAAUAAUAAUGCCGUCACUAAACGUGCCCCGCCACAGGCUCAGUUGACAAAGUCCGCGGAGCUUCUUGCCAGAUAUUGUGAUCAACUGCUCAGAAAAAGCUCGAAGAUGCCCGAUGAGGCGGAGCUCGAGGAGUUGCAGACGAAGAUUAUGGUUGUGUUCAAGUACAUUGACGAUAAGGAUGUAUUCUCCAAAUUCUACACGAAAAUGUUCAGCAAACGACUUAUCAGUGAACUCUCAGCAAGUGAUGAAGCCGAGGCUAACUUUAUCACGAAGCUCAAGAGUAUGUGCGGGUACGAGUAUACCGCCCGUCUCUCGAAAAUGGUCAACGAUACUCAAGUCAGCAAGGAUUUAACCGCGGAUUUCAAGGAAAAGAAAGCGGAUAUGCUCGGCCAGAAAUCCGUUGAAUUCAAUGUUCUCGUGCUCAGUUCGGGCUCAUGGCCGACUUUCCCAACGACACCAAUAACUCUUCCACAGCAGCUGUCGAAGACUAUUGAGAUCUUUGGACAAUUCUACAAUGAGAAGUUCAAUGGACGUCGGCUCACGUGGGUUUACUCGCAGAGUCGUGGAGAGAUCACUUCUACAGCUUUUCCCAAGAAAUAUGUGUUUACUGCCACAACUGCUCAAAUGUGCACAAUGCUUUUGUUCAACGAACAGGACUCGUACACUGUCGAACAAAUCGCCGCUGCCACAAAAAUGGACGAAAAGUCAGCACCAGCCAUUGUCGGCUCUCUCAUCAAAAAUCUUGUGCUCAAAGCGGACACAGAACUCCAAAAAGAGGAUGAAGUACCGAUGACGGCGACCGUAAGCCUCAACAAAGCCUACAUGAACAAGAAAGUUCGUGUCGAUUUGUCAAAAUUCACGAUGAAGCAGGACGCCGUGCGUGAUACGGAAAAUGUGCAGAAAAAUGUUGAGGAGGAUCGGAAGAGCGUGAUUAGUGCUUGCAUCGUAAGAAUCAUGAAAACUCGCAAACGUGUACAGCAUCAGCAGCUUAUGACAGAGGUGAUCACACAACUUUCCGGUCGAUUCAAGCCAAAGGUUGAAAUGAUCAAGAGAUGCAUUGGAUCACUCAUCGAAAAGGAAUAUAUGCUCCGUACAGAAGGACAAAAAGAUCUCUAUGAGUACCUCGCCUAAUUCAUUUCAUUUUAAAUAUUCUAUUUUCUCUUUUAAAAACUAUUUUUCCCCUUUACUUUUUUCGCCCAGUUUUAUUCUCCACCCUCUUCUUCCCUUCAUAUCCGUGUUUUUGAAAACUUCAACACCAUCUGUAUUCUAUUACUUAUUCUCCUCUCCAAGUCCCUCCUUAUUCGAUUGUUCUUCUUUACAGAAGCGGGUCCUGGCUUCAUUUUGCGCUCUCUGGUAAAUGGUCCUGGGUUUUGUAA